AUGUCGGACAGCCACAGUUUGGAAACGCCACAGUUGAGCGAUGACGAUAAGACUCUUAAGUCCAAAACAACUGUUGCACAAUACGCGUGUGCGACGGUAAAUGUCGCGCACCGGCGACUCAUCCUCGAGUUUCAUCCUGCGUACUUUGUGUCGAUUAUGGGGUGCGGGAUUCUGAGCGUCAUCUUGCAUAAUUUCCCGUAUCCCGCAUAUUGGCUCGAAGUAUGUGGAUGCAUAAUGUGGGGGUUUGCCGUAUUUUUUUUCAUUUUGACAUUCCCGAGCUUUAUCAUAUCAAUGGUGACGGUGCCGGGAAACUUUCUCAAAUUCCAUCGUGACGCCAAUACGUCUGUAUAUUUGGGGGGCUUAUCAAUGGGGUAUACCACUACUUUUGUCAAUUUUUUAUUUGGCAUCACCUCCAAAAGUUUCAUAAUAGGCAUCUAUGUGCUCUGGUGGAUCUCGCUAGUACUGUCGCUUUACUGUGCCAUUGUGAUUUUUUACUUUGGUAUUAUUGCCAAGUACAGAAAAAAGUACAACUUGUUGACUUCGGAAACUGUGAGUGCAACUCUCCUUUUUCCAGUGGUUACGCUCACGGUCACCGCCUCGGCUGGUGCCUUGAUCUGUCCCGAUCUUCCAUCCAUAAAUCUUCAGGUUUUAACCCUAGUUAUCUGCUACUUACUAUGGGCCUGGGCCGUGGCUUUGGCUUUCAUCAUUAUCAGCAUCUACUAUGGGAGGCUAUUCAUUCACAAAAUUCCGGCUACUGGGUUGGUAUUUUCCAGUUUCCUUCCUGUGGGUGUGAUGGGACAGGGAGCUUUUGGCAUUCUCCUAAUUGGCAGAGAUAUCUACACCUUGGUUAUGGAGAACCACGAGCUGGUUUUGCUGUCGCCAUACAUGUCUUAUGUCAAUUCUACAGCCAUUGACGUUGGCCAGUCGGUGGAUUCCGUCACUGCUAGCUUCAUAGUGGGCACCUGUUUCAUCUACUUUACCGCCUUGAUGUCGUUGUUUCUCAAUGCUUUCGGCAUGUUUUCCACUAUAAUCGCGGUGAUGUCGUGCUUGUCCAAGAUAUACCCGUUCACCAAGAACCACAAUCCUCAAUGGACCUAUAUGACCGAAAACCACACCUCAUUUUUCCGUCGCCGAAUCCGCGGACUUAUCCGGUUUUCCAGGACAUUCUGGGCUAUGACAUUUCCGAUCGGAACCAUGUCUUUGGCCAAUUCGGAGAUUGCGACCUUGCACAAGGGUUUGCAUGCGUUGCGUGUGGUUGGCGCCAUGUACGGAGCGGCCCUCAUUGUCAUUGAUGUGGGGUGCAUUUUGGGCACAUUUUACUGUGCGAUUCAGGACGUCCGAGCCGAGGUAAAAGUUGAGAAACAGGAAGAUUCCGAGUUAGAUUUGGAACUCAGCGGCACGUCGUGGAGUAAUGAGGUCACGAAUAAUCACGAAUAA